UGAUCACUGUGCGCGAGAUACUAAUCGAUCAAAUGACAACAAAGAGUGAAUGCACUGGAAGAAGAAGAACAAGCCCUACGCCGUCUGAACCUGCAGAAUAACGAGUAAAACUAUUUUGUAAUAACUUUCCCCUUUUGCACUAAAAACCGCCACACCGUGUUCUUACUUCAGGCGCACUUGUCGGUCCUGACUGUUGUGUUGCUGUUUCAGGUCGCUCCUGCUCCCAAGUAAACGUCGAAAUACAACGUGCUACACAAAUAUGCGUGUUUUUUCUUAUAUAAGUUCUUAUAAGUUCUUGAAGAUGCCGAGUAAAGUGUUGUCUCGAAGUCUCAUUCCUGUCAGGUUCAGGUCAACUCUUAGUCCAGAAGAGCGGAUGCGUUAUAUACAAUGGUGCUCUUAUGUCGUCAUUGCAGGGUCAGCCACCGUAGCCGCAGUCUCUCUGACAAGAGACUUUAUGAAAGCAGGAGAAUUAUCAGAGGGAAAAUAUGGUCUGCCAUCUAUUGGUGGGGAUUUCAAUUUAAUUGACCAUAAUGGGAACCCAUGUAAAUUAUCUGAUUUCCGCGGGAAAUGGGUUCUGUUGUACUUUGGGUUCUGCCGAUGUCCAGAUAUAUGCCCAGAACAAAUAGAGAGACUUGUGGAAGUGUCUGACAGAAUAAUGCUUAUUGAAAAGCCCAAGUACCCCUUAGUGCCUGUAUUUGUGUCUGUCGACAGCGAACGUGAUACCCCAGAUGUUUUAGCCAAGUACGUUAAAGACUUUUCACCACGUUUGACUGGGCUGACUGGUACUAAAGAGGAAAUUGAUAAAGUUUCUAAGCUCUAUCGUAUUUAUUACAGUCCAGGUCCAAAAGAUGCUGAUGGCGAUUAUAUUGUUGACCACACUAUUAUAAUGUACUUACUGGAUCCGAAAGGACAAUUCUCCGACUAUUAUGGACAAAAUAAAUCAGUACAGGAGAUAGUACGAAAUAUUAAAGAAAAAAUGAAUGCAUACAAAGACUAACAUUUCGAUAGCAUGGAUGUCGAGCAUACCAUUCAUAUGGUGAAACACGUCCAAUUAAAAAUAAUGUUAAACUAACUACAAAAUAAGCAAUUCCAACUGAUAUCCAAACCUAAAAUUAAAACACAAGAUUUAAAUAACGUUGAUAGUAAAUUCAAUUUUUAAUCUGUUUAUUCAAUAUCAAAUAAAGUAUUAUAUAUGAUAUUCUCAACAACGUUAUAAAGACUUCAAUCGUUUAAAAAUCCUCAUAGAGUAUUCGAUGAUAAGGAGUAUUUAAGCAAACAAUGGUUUUCAAAAAUUUUAUCACCGCCCCCAAAUGCCUUGGUACGGCCGAGACUGGGGAGAGUCAGCUUUCCCUCUCGAAAUGCUCUCACAUGGCCACGCGUAUAUAGCCCCUGUCAGGGAAGUCCUACUCACUCUUGGCGGGAGCAUGAAAAGAAUGGACAACAGCUGGAUAGAACUAGAAAUAAAGGCCCAAGGCAAAGUGAGUUGGAGAAUGCUGGUUGACAGUCUAUGAUCCAUUGGGAGUAACAGGCGUAAAUCGUCAAAUCACGAAUAAUCUUUAGAUUACACUAGUCAAGCGUAAUUGCAUAUCCUAUGUUCGGUCCGCAAAAAUGAAAAUAUGUAACCUUCAAAAGUUGGAACACCAGCGAAACAUAAUCUCUAAAUGGUAAAAGAUAGAAAUGUUUCUAUUAUAUGUGGUAUCGAUCUCAGAAAUCAUCACAAAAAUUUUAAAGCCUUUUAGGAUCGGAAUCACUCACAAGCCAACAUAAACGUUUUACUUCAUCAUAUGGAGGCCGAAUAUGUAACAAAGAAAAAAGAAAAAAUGGGAUAUUGUUUAGGAAGCAAAUACAGCCAAUCGCGACGAACGUUACAUUACGAAAAGUAGACACUGCUCUCUCCGAAUAUACCAACACAAACUUGGAGUAAAACAACUUGAAAUUUUAUAAUUUAUAUCAAUGGACGUAGAAAACCAUGUGCGCAAAUUUGGUUCAGAAAACAUCGAAAUUCUGCACCUUGGAAAUUUUAGAAAGUUUCUGGGAAUUUCCGAAAAUAUAGAUUUCAGAUAAAUUUACAAUGAAUAGGCAAUAUUUAGCAACCUUUACAGAAAGUUUAACAAAUCAAGUAUCCAGAAGUCAACAGAAGAAAACCCUCAAUUCGAAUGUAAUUACCACUAAAGCCGACAAAAUCUCUGAAAACAACCAUUUAUAGAUAAAGUCAUCAAAACAGGUCAAUUUAUUGUUUAUAGUUUAAUUAAACACCACUAUUCUACGGGAAUUAAGAGCUAAUGAUAUUGUCUAGAACGAUAUUAAAAGUUCCAUAACUGAACCAUAUGGUUCACAUGGCAUAUUACAACUAAGAACGUUGACUUGUAAAUCAAACUUAUUUAUUUCAAGAAUGAUUGCGUUGGAUAUAGUAUAUCAACUAAAUAAGUGACACUGUUAUUGAUUAGUUAAGUUCAGGAUUAUAACCACUCUUAAAGAUUAAAUUUUGUUGUGAAAUAAAUUUCUCAGUUAAAUCUAACACAAUAUAUCAACUUACUUCUAUAGUUGUAACAAUAAAUGUUUUAUUCAUAUGCUUCAUUCCACCUUGAGGAAAUGAAGUUUCAACUGGUUGUUUAUACACAAAUCCUCGCUUCAAUGACCAGUCAGCUAGCUGUAAAAGAGAAUAAAAGAUACUUUGUGAUGCAGCCCUGAUUUUUAAAUGCUUAAUACCUAGACAAAUACAUAGUUUUAAUUGUAAUAGAACGCAAAAAUCUACAAUAAUAUUUUGCCUGUUGAACAUAAAUAUAAUUUACAAAAAAACAAAUAGAGAAAUAAAUCUGUAUUGAUAAGCUGAUUAUAUUACAUAAAUACUAAAGCUAUUGGGAUAAACAGCUGUAUACCCAAAUUUUUAUUGCCGUCUAGACAUAUUGGCAUACUAUUUUUAUUAUUAUCCAGUUAUAUCAAUUAUAAAAUGAAUGAAAAUAUCACUUUAUCAAAAUAAUAUAGAGGUUCUUACAGUGAUGAUAAUUAUGUUGGUUCUGUCAGUCAAACUUGUUGGCAAUUAUAAAAGCAGAAGAUGAAUGUAUCUGUAACUAUACUUCAUCCUUUCAUCAUCAUCAUUAUCAUCAUACAUAUAUCGAACUUAACAAAAACAGUACAAAAUAAUAAAUAUCUUAUAAACUCAAUAAAUAUAGGAUACAGUCUAAUAUUGUAAAUAAAACUCUAUCUAGUUGUUGAUUAUUGCUGUCAUUAUUUAUCAUCUUUUACAUAUAAAUACUAUCAGUAACAUUUCAAUCAUAGUUUGUUAUAUGAUUCUGACAUUUUCGGUUUUGUUUUGGAAAAAAUAAAAAAUAAACCAACAUGAUAUAGAAGUGAAAGAAAUGGAUCUGAAACAUAGAAGGUAACAGAGGGUUGGUAUUUUUUGAAAUUGCUUAUAGAUGGAGAUUGAUAAAGUGUUGAUAGGAGUAGGGAAAGAUAAGCUAACUAAAAUUUAAUAAGUAAAUGAACAAAACCUAGUCAUUCAAUGAUGAUCGGUGAAUAUUUUUAUAAAUAAUCAAAUGUAAAAAAACUGUUGAAAACAUAUCGCUUUAAUUAAGUGACUUUUAGGCCUCCAAAUAGAAAGAAGAUUGUAGAUACCUAAGAUUGCUAUCAUUUAAAGAAUUGGAAUGUUAAUGUUUCUUAACCAGCAAAAACGUUAAAAUUACAUCGUUUAAAGCUGAUAGUCCACAUGAAAAUAAAUUUUGCUCGCUGGUGACUAGAACUUCAAAAAUUCUGCGAGAAGGCAUAAUAUGUAUAGUUCAAACAGGUUGAAAGUGAGUUAACUAUCAAUAAUGACAGUGUUAUAAAGUGUUACAAAGUCUUUGGUUUUAAACAUUCAAACAAGUGAACGAGAACCCUGUGGUUUAAAAGGUUAAGCUCUCAUCACAGAGGUGCAGAUCCGUGGUUCGACCCUUGACGAGGAAGCCCUUGGUCAUUAUUGAGAUAUUAAUAACAGAACUGAACAACUGUCGAGUGUUUCGCGAUUUAUAACGGAUUUUCAAAUUAAAUCAGUCCAUUUUGUAAAUAAAGUAAUUAAGAGAUGUUCAUUAUAUCGUAUACUGUUAGUUAUCUGGGUACAAUAUUAGCUAAUAUUACUAUUGUUAUAUCGUGUGAACUCGUAAUUUAUAUAUGAACGUGCAGUUGGAGAAGGAGCGAAUUUAUUGAUCG